UUGCCAUUUUGCUCCAAAGCCAACUGCGUGUAUGCGCCUAUUAUGUUAGCGUGUACAUUACAUAUAUUAUGCGUAUAUUACACUAAUUGAAGUGCCGCAUGGUAAAUUACAUCAGCUGAUCCAGAUAAACAAACCAAGAUAUGAAAACCACAGAAAGUGAACUUGCAAAGCCGCCGAUGGAGGAAGAAGCAAACAAUGUCCCAGGAAAUUGUGAAGGAAACCCUGCAACAGACAUUCCUCAACAGAGCUGGCAACUAGCUAUCACACAGGACCAAGCAGACUCCCAGGGGAACCCUCAACAAACCUUGGUAGCUUAUCCUAACUCACAGACACAGAGGCAGGCUGUCCAACCUAUAUCUCUGGAUCCUCGGCUAAAGCAAUCACUUGGUAAGCAGCAGAGCUUCUCUCAGGCUGCUGAUAUCUGGCAUACCACAUCCUUACCUGGUGCAGCUCAAGUUAUCCCACAAAUGCCAACUUUCAUCAAUUAUAACAACAAUGCAUCGACAGGAGUCUCUCUAGCCCCUAGUGGCAUAGAUUGCGCCCAUGUUCAACGCCCCUCAGUGGGUCUAAUACAACAGGUGGUGGAAUGCUUCAAGAGGAGCACUAAGAAGGAAAUGCUGCCCUCUCAGGUCUAUGUUGAGAUGGAAAUGGUGUUUCCUUACUACAAGCAUAUCAUUGGACAGAAGAGGAAGAGUUGGAAGAGCUCUAUACGCCAUGCCCUGACUACACCACGCUUCACAUCUCGUAAGAUCAGCCAAGAGGAUAAAUCAACAACAAAGAGAGGCUGUCUGUGGUCUCUGAAUGCAGACUUUGAUGAGAAUGCUCCCGUCACAAAAACCCCUCGACGCCGUCGAACACCAAACCCCCUCAAAGCUACUCGUCGUAAGCAACGCUUCAUUGGAAACACCCGCACCGACUACAUGCCACCCCUCUACCACGUCAACAGAAACAACCCAACAUUUUACCAGCCACAACAGCAUGUUGCCCAGCGGUAUCCAUUUGUUGAGAUGCCAGACACCACACCCAUGCAAUCCACCUUCUCUCCUGGCCCCACUGGUCCUAUACAGGUGGGCGGGGGUAACAUGUACUAUCAGCCUUAUCGUGCUCCUACAGUAGGCUAUGUUAUAGCUGGUCAGAAGAUGGCUAUGCCUCAACAAGCUAUGCAACCUGUUAAUAUGGGACAGUGGAAUGUGUCGGGAUUCUCAGCUUGUAAUCAACAGCAGUACUUACCGAAUAAUGCAGCUUUCUUUGGAGGAAACAGUGCCAUGAUUCACAACAAUCAAAACAAUCAGCCAGUUAUGAACCAAGCUUUUUGCCCUACCGUAAUGCCAACCAUGCUACAGACCAACCAGAAUAACAACAUAGCAGUCAUACAGGGACAGCAACAGCCUACUCCAAGUCAGCCUACUCCUAUAUCUAUUCAAAUGGCAGAGCAGGGUCAAGCUCAAGAUGUUACUAUGUGUGAUGCGAUACAGACCAAUGAAGAUAUCACAGAACAAAGCCAAGACUUCCCAAACAACCAGAGUGAGAGCCAAGUCCAUGAUGAAAUCAAGGAAGAACUCCAAAGCUUAGUCUAUGAGUCUCUAGACAUCUGUAACUCAGAAGAUCAAGGUCAAAUCAAGACUGUGAGGUAGACAGGGCAUCUGCACAGACAGUUCAAGAGGUUAGCGCACAGUACAGGUACUCCAGGUCAACAGAAGCCCAACCUGGGCCAAGUCUAGACCACCACACCAUGCUCAAGGAGGAUUCCACAACUAUGCCUGGUCCCCCUUGUCACACCAGUCCCAGAACUACCAAGGGCCAGUAGUAGUGUCAUCUCGGACCAAAGAAGAAGAAUCAUCACAAGACCAGGACCAAGACCAGGACCAAGACCAAGAUGGCAAAGAAGGAAUUGAAAUCAUUGAAGCUAGGAUCAUUGAAGGCAUGAAUGGCCAGGUAUUAGUACAAGCAUCUAUCUCAAAUGAAAGUCUUGAUCAAGCAGAUGAGGAAAAUACAAAUUAGAUUUAUAGCUCUUGCAUAGUUCUAUCUCUUAGCCAUAGACUAUCCAUAAUGGGUUCUUUCUCUUGUUUCUUUAGGAUGCUGAAUUUUUAAAAAUCUAAAGCUGACUUCAAAAUUCAGGCAAUUAGAAAGAGAGAACGAAAUUAUCGGAGUGUGGCAAGGAGAGGGAGAAAGACAAAAUUAAGAGAGAGAGGGGUGGCAAGAAAGGCCGAGAGAUGGAGGGGGGGGGGGUUAAAGAGAAUAAGGUCAAAGAUAGUGAUAGAAAGGGUGGAUGACAGUGAAAGAGAAACUGAUGUGUUACACAAUAGAAGAGUAACAAGAGAGAGAGAGAAAGAAAAGAGGAAAAGACAAUGGGCCUUAGGAAGGCUUCCAUGGAUGUAUUUAGUGGAUUUUGUAAAAGUAUUAUAUGUUUUUGCACUUUGAAUGACCCAAGAAGUUCUCUAUCGAGAUACCUUGCUCUAUAUCCAUGCUUUUUCUAUGCAAUGUUUCAUGGAGUUUUACCAAUAAGUGAAGCUUUUUACUGAAAUACCAAUUACUUAAUACAAUUAAGAACUUCACUUCUAAAAUAUCUCAAGGGCAUGUUAUGGUUUACCUAUGCAAAGUUUCACAAAGUUUUAGCAUCAAGACAAUAUGUAGCUCUUUAACAUGUAUAACUGUCAAAUAUGUUUUCACCACCUUGACUGAUCUGAAAUACACAUAUCUAUUUUAGCCUUAGAAUACCAUUUUAUUUACAAGGAAGUUAUUUUCUGAAAUAUGGCCACAUCACUUGACACAGUAGUUAAUAUACACAACUACCGUUUAUUUUAGCAUUCUAAUGCAUGAAGUCUUCCAAAUGCUUCUGAAUUUUUAGCAAUUUAGAGCUAUAAGAUAAUGUGUAUUUUGUUGGUUGAUUUUCAUGGUUUUCAUCAUGUAUUUAGUGUUGUUGAUAUUCUACAUGUAUACAUGUAAACAUUUAACUAUAAACUAUAUCUCAGUACUGAUUUGAGUUUAUUAAUAUCCACAAUUUACAGCAUUUAAUGUUGAUGAAACAAGCUUUGAUGUGCUGGCUAAAAAUGGUUUGAUGUUUGAAAUGAGAUUUGUGCAAAUACCAACUACAUUGUAUGACAAAACUUCAUUCAUUUUUUUUAGGAGGCAAGAAUUAUUCUAUAGAUAGAGUUAUUAAUCAUUUCUUUGUUUAUUGUAUGCUUUAUUCCUUU